CCCAUUGACUCCAAAAUCCUUUCUAAUUUUUCUGUCUUAUAAAUAAAACUCCUGCCCUGUUUCCUACAAGGUCAGGAAGAAACAAAACCAUAGCUUCCUGUGCAUUCCUAGUUUCACUGAAUUUUGCCUGUUACGAUGUCUACCUCUCGCAUUUUUGAUGAUUAUACUCCUAAAAUGAAAACCAAAGGCAGAGCUUACCUGUACUGGAACUACUCCAGAGCAAAGCUUGGUUUUCCUGCUGUUUUUCUCUUCUGUUGUCUAUUCUUUAUCGCUGGCUUCCUCAGUUCCAGCCUACGCUCUCAGUCUCAGAAGGAGGUUUCUGGAGUUAGGCAAAGAGGGAGACAGCUCGACUCGGUGGGGUAUGACUUGAUGGCACAUGGAAAAACCGGAGAUGAUUCUAUUUCUAUUAUUCCAUUUCAGGUUAUAAGUUGGAGGCCGCGUGCUUUUUAUUUUCCAAAAUUUGCAACUCCAGAGCAAUGCCGACACAUAAUUAACAUGGCAAGGUCAAACCUUGAACCCUCCAAAUUGGCUUUGCGGAAGGAAGAAUCAGAACAUAAGCCGCAGGAUGUUAGAACAAGCAUGGGCACGUUUCUUAGUGCUUCUCAAGAUGGUACUGGGAUUUUGGAUGCCAUUGAAGAAAAAAUUGCAAAGGCCACAAAGCUUCCAAGGAGUCACUAUGAGGAUUUCAAUGUGUUGCGCUAUGAGCUCGGACAAAAAUAUGACUCCCAUUUAGAUGCGUUCCCUCCUGAACACUAUGGCCCGCAGAAGAGCCAAAGGGUUGCCACCUUUUUGGUGUACUUAUCAGAUGUUGAAGAAGGAGGGGAAACUGCAUUUCCAUAUGAGAAUGGCUUGAACAUGGAUGGAAGUUUUGAUUUUAAAAAAUGUAUUGGUCUGAAAGUGAAGCCGCGCAUGGGGGAUGGAUUUCUGUUUUAUUCCUUGUACCCCAAUAAUACAAUCGAUCCAGUAUGUAUUUUGUCCAAUUUGCAGCAGCUUUAUAUUGUUUGUUCUUUUUCUGUUUCAUCAUCUGAUGGAUGUUUUUGCAGAUAUCACUUCAUGGGAGCUGUCCAGUAAUCAAAGGGGAAAAAUGGGUGGUUACAAAGUGGAUCAGGGAUCAACAAAGGCCUUUUUAGGUUUCUGUCCAUAUGAUAGUUCGUGAUAAUUUUGCUUUGAUCUGCAUUCGGCACUGGGCAUCCCAUCCCAACCCAUCCAUGAGGUUUUCUAAUUAGUCUCAAUAAGAAAAAUUCUCAUUCAAUUGUUGGAAAAAGAAGAAUCGGUUUAUACAGAUUUCAUUUGUACAUAAACAUAAUAG